AUGAAUCACUACAAAGCAGUAAAAAGGGUUCUACGAUACAUAAGAGGAACUCUAGAUCAUGGAGUGAAGUUUAUGAGGACUAAAGAAGCCAAGCUACUUGGGUAUUCAGACAGUGAUUUGGCUGGAUCCAUUGAAGAUGAAGAGUACAUCAGAAAAACAAAACACUUGAAAAUCAAGUAUCACUUUGUGAGAGAAGUGGAACAAGCCAAGGAAGUAACCUUGAUACACUAUAGUUUACAAGAUCAAUUAGCUGACAUUUUAACAAAACCUCUUAGAAAGAUGAGGUUUGAAAAGCCGCAUUAUGGUAUUGGAGUUCGAAGCAUGAAGAUCAAGGAGGAGUUUGAAUGA